AUGUCAAAGUCCUCACACAAUGAGGCUGAGCAAAGCUCAGGGGCGAACCUCCUUGCUUGCUCGCUCACCUGUCCUGGGCCGGAGCCAGGGCCGGAGCCGGAGCGGCCGGCAGGGCUGCGCCGGCUCAGGCCGGGCUGUGUUGUGCUGCGCUGGGCCGGGCCCUGCUCUGGCCUCUCUCAGUUCCUCGGGCCACGGGCCCGCGCCCGCCUCGCGCCUUCACCUCAGCCCCCACGGCCGCCGCCGCUGCCUCGGGCUCGGUCCCGGUCCCGGUCUCCUCCUCCUCCUCCGUCUCCUCCUCCUCUUCAGCAGCAGAAGCAGCAGCGGCAGCCGCGGCGGCCAUUCAUUGUCGGCCCUAAAAUUUUUUUGUACUUACUGAUUUCUACUUUGCUCUUUAAAUUUCUUUAAGUCAGGGCCAGCAAUUGCACUCACGUUGGUGUGCUCAUUCUUCAAUAUUCCUCUCCAAAAGCCACAAUCUUAGAUGGAGAAGUAUCUGGUCAAUAAUCUCUGGCCUCCAAUGUCUUCCUAUUAUGAGCUGUCCAACUCUAACAGACUGGAUGGGUGGAAAUCUUCUAAUUUAAAGUUGUCAUCAUACACAGCUUUCCAUGUGUCUUGUGGUUGUUGAUUCCAAUGGUAUUCAUGUAGAGAUGUUUGUGCUUUGGUCAGCUGACAACACCACCCAAGAAGUCUGUGAAUUUCCUCUCAAGCUGGCUGUUUCAUCUCAACACAAAUAUUUCUGUCACUUACAA